UUUGCCCGUUAUAUUUAUAGAGUAAUUUCUCAAACUCGUGACCAUUCAGGAAAUUUUCUCAAUUUCAUACGUAACGUUGGCAGAAAAAAAAGCCUACACUAUAUUCAACUCAGGCGGCUCACAAUUCUUCCCCUUUAGUCCUUUCCCCUUUUCUCUUCCUCUUCUCUACUUUUUUAUUUACUAUUAUUUCUGCUUUAAAAUAGACUGAGUGAAUGAAUUGUUGCUUUUUUUUUUUCGCUAUUUGAAUAAAUCACGGGAUAAAAAUUUGAUUUUGAUGGACUCUUACGCUCUUUUAUGCUUGUUUAUUUUUCUGAAUUUUGUUGUUGGUUACCUGUUGCUGCUUGUGUUUGUGGAUCUUUAUGUAUAUAAAGUUCUUGAGAUUAUUUGCCAUUUGGCUGACCCAAUUUAUUGGAUUAAUGGAUUGUUUGGUACGAGGUAUUAGGGAUAACUAAUUCUAAAAUUAAUUUUCAAAUGAGUUUAUUCCAUGUUUGGUUGGGACAAAAUUGCAUAAUAACUUAUCUCAAGAAUUUAGUGUAUAUUUAUCCCACAUUGAGGGUGGAAUAUAAAUUCUGGUAUAACUUGUUUCCUAACCAUACGAGCCCUAAUUGAUACGCUCUCUAUGAUAUUGGAAAGUUAGUCUUCUACUGUAGUUUGUGGGUGCAAGAGUUUGGUUUCACCUUCCCCGAGUCUAGGCUUGUGAUUGGUAGAAAAAUUGCUAUUUCUCUCUUCAAGAAAUGCACUUCAUAUGAAGAAUGUCAACUCGUAUGAUUUUUGUUAAGUUUUAGCUUUUCCUUUUUAUUCUUCAGUUCAAUUUAAUUUCUUUUUGGUUCACAGGUGUGUUCUUUGCACGUAGAAUAAACUGAAGUGGGGAUGGAGUGUGUGGUUCAGGGAAUUAUUGAAACUCAACAUGUUGAGGCCCUGGAAAUUCUGCUUCAAGGGCUUUGUGGUGUACAUAAACAAAGCUUAAGGAUCCAUGAAUUGUGCCUUAAAAGUGUUCCAAACCUAGGCUUAGUAGCAUCAGGAAUACGGCUCUUAUGUGAUCUUGAGCAGCCACAACCCACAUGGACAGUAAGACAUGUUGGUGGUCCGAUGAGAGGUGCUGGUGCUGAACGAAUCUCAGUCUUGAUGAGACCAAUGGUAGAAAGCAAAGUAAGCAAGAACGCAUUACGCUUAUUACUUGGCUACAAGCUAGACCAUGAACAGCUGAGAGUCGGUUUUGCAUUUCAUUUCCGAAGAGGUACCCAGAUAACUGUAACCGUUUCAUCCAUUAACAAGAUAUUGAAACUUCAUGCUACCGAUGAGGCUGUUCCUGUGACUCCGGGCAUACAGCUAGUUGAAGUGACAGCACCAGCUUCAUCUGAAAAUUAUGCUGAAGUUGUUGCAUCUGUAUCGUCAUUCUGUGAAUAUAUUGCCCUGGCCUGGCAGGAUGGGGUUAUGGCGGUGCCACAGUGAGGCUGGAAUGAGGCAUGUUGAAGGUAAUUAUUAUUUGUGCGGCGGAGGAUAUACAAAUGGAAACAGUUUUCUUUCACCUUACAGAGGGUAUAAAUAUUGGUUAAGGGAUUGGUAAGGUGACAACCCACCACCUCAAUGUCGAGAAGAGCUUUUCAAUAUGAAGCAUGCUAGGGCUCGUAAUGUUAUUGAAAGGACAUUUGGUCUCUUGAAAGGACGUUGGGGACUUCUUAGAAGUGCUUCGUGGUAUUCAAUUGGGAGAAAAUAUUUGGCAAAGAUAGGGCAAUGGGAGAGCAUGCAAAAGGGCCACUAGAUUCUGUUGAGGAUAUGUUAACGAGUCAAACAUCAAGACUUUUCUAUUGAUAUGACUUUGGGAUUUCCUGUUACUGUUGAUGAAGAUGAAGAUGAAAACGAAGAUAGUCAUGGAUCUGAUAUAGCUACCGAAGAAUCUGAAAAUGCUUAUACAAGACCUAGUUUUAUAGGGGCAUCUGGAAAUGAGUAUGCUAGAGGAGCUCCUCAUGAACGUACUGACACAUUUGAAAAGCAAGACGAAUAUGCUAAAAAAUCCUCUUCUAGUUUUAAUGAAAAAGAGAAAAGCAAGAAAAGAAAAAGGGUUGUGGAGGAUGUUCAUGAGACAUUUCUCAAGAGUAUGACGAAAGUUAUAAAAGUCUUUAUUGAAAGUCAAGACAAAAGAAUUGGUGCCUUAAUUGAAAAGAUUGGUAUUCGUGACCACUUUGAUAUGCGUGUUCAAGUUUAUUCCAUAAUUGAAUCCUCUGCAUUCGAUUUGUACACCAUAGAGAAACGUAUCAAAGCCACAAUGGUUAUCUGUGGCGAUGUGAAAAAAUGGAAAUCCUCUUACGUAUGGGUGAGCUUGUGCGCCAGACAAUGAUAUUUAUGGUUGUCAAUGAUAAACUUUAAAGUACUAUAAACUUGUGUAUAUAAGUAGUGGCACUAGUGUGUUAGUUUUUGCUCACUAUCAAUUUCAAAGUUUGAUUAGAGUGCCACUUUUUGAUCUUCAGGUCAUGUUCACACUCUUUUGUCUAUAACUGAUAUAGGGCACGAGGAUGUUUUAAUUUUGUAUAACUAAUGUCUAUUAAAUAGAUCAACUCUCAUGUAAACGUUAAUUUGUUGUUGGUUAUCAGUUUAUGUGCAGUUUUUAUUGUUGUUCGCUAUAGCUUUGGUUCUAUUUUGCUGCUAUGUUAGACCAGUUACUGGUUAUUGCUACAAUUGUUUUCUUUGCAGCUUCUGCAUCACAUAGGAUCGGUUGUUAUUGCUAUGGGCCCAGAGAAACUUCUGGGAGAGUGGACUCUGGAUAACCUCAGCUUGCUGUUUUAGACUUGCCAGUUACAAAAUCAGUAAUUCGAGAACUGCAGGCUUAUGCCUGUGGGUGUUUCGAACUGUUACCUGCCUUUUGUCGCUGUCUAUUUGACGUUCACAAGAAGGCCCAAGCUUUGACUACACUUUUAAUUUCUUUUGUAAAGGAGGACUCCUUUAUGCUUGAGAACAUUUUUGCAGCUUUGCAGGUUUCAGUCCAGAGUCUUGAAGUUAUUAUAUUGUUUUGUUUUAGGUUUUCUUGAAUGGCCAUGCCUUGUUUGGAUUUAAAGGAAUAUUCUGAAUCACACUUUCACAUGGUAGCAGCAUGAAGUUUUUUCUUUUCGUUUCCUAUUAAGGAGCCUAAAAUUAACUCGUAUGUGAAUUUUAGAGAUGAAGUUCUUCCUCGCAUAAAAAGGCUUGGAUACAAUGCGGUGCAAAUUAUGGCUGUUCAAAAGCAUUCUUAUUAUGCUAGUUUUGGCCAUGCAUCAAAUGAUACUUUAGAUGGUCUGAACAUUUUUGAUGGCACAGAUAGUUGUUAUUUUCAUUCUGGAGCUCGUGGUUAUCAUUGGAUGUGGGAUUCCCGCCUUUUUAACUAUGGACUCUGGGAGGUAUUCAAGUAUCUUCUCUCAAAUGCAAGAUGUAGUUGGAUGAGUUCAAAGUUGAUGGAUUUAGAUUUGAUGGUGUGACAUCAAUGAUGUAUACUCACCACGGAUUAUCGAUAAAGUUGAUUCGUCAUAAUUUUAUACUAAAUUUUGUGAUCAUAAGUGACAGCUUUUAGAAAACAUGGCUCCUAGUAACUACCAAAUAAAUGGAAAAAAGAACUAGUUUACCCGCAAGGGUGGCCUAGUCGGCGGUUAAGCAGAGAUCCCAAAUGGGCGUGUCUCAGGUUUGGAACCCCCUGCAUUCUUUAUUAGUCGAUCUCAUCUCAUGUGGAUUGCCUAGUGUGGUUUACCUCUCUUGUAUGGUUUAUGAGCUAUUACAAUGGAGCGGGUUUACCCAAUGCGCAUCCGAAGGGUAGAGGCUGGGGGCUCUCAUGUCAUAAAAAAUAGCUAUUUUACCAAGGCGGAGUCCAGUAUUCUGCUAAACUACUUACCUGAUACAUUUUAAUUUCUAUAAAUGGGAUUCACUGGGAACUAUGAUGAAUACUUAGACUCGCAACUGAUGUGGAUGUUGGGGUGUAUUUGAUGCUGGUCAAUGAUCUUAUUAGUGGGCUUUUCCCAGAUGCAAUUACCAUUUGUGAAGAUGUUAGUGGAAUGUCGACGUUUUGUAUUCCUAUUCAAGAUGGCGGUUGGCUUUGACGAUCGGCUGCACAUAGCAAUUGCUGAUAAAUGGAUUGAGUUGCUUAAAUUUGUGAGCUCAACGUUGAAGGAACCAAGCUUAGAGUUUGAAUUAUUACAUCUGAUGCUUGUCAAGAACAUACCCCAAUUUCCUGCCGCCACCAAGUUGGCCGAUUUCCAUCUCCACAACCAUGGUGGACGUUGAAGCCGAUGUUACUAGCGGAUAACCAAAGAAGAGAACAUUUAAGAAGUUUAGCUAUAGAGGCGUUGAUCUCGAUGCUCUUCUCGAUAUGUCCACUCAUGAGCUUGUUAAGCUUGUUAAGCUCUUCAAUGCUCAUCCUCGUAGAAGGUUUUAGAGAGGUUUGAAAAGGAAGUCGAUGGCGUUGAUCAACAAGCUGCGAAAGGCGAAACGCGAGGCUCCACCGAGUGAAAAGCCAGAGCCUGUCAAGACUCACCUGAGGAACAUGAUCAUCGUUCCUAAAAUGAUUGGAAGUAUUAUUGGAAUUUACAAUGGGAAAACUUUCAAUUAGAUUGAAGUCAAGCUUGAGUUGAUCGACCACUAUUUGGCCGAGUUCUCUAUCUUAUAUAAGCCUGUCAAGAACGGUAGACCCUGUAUUGGUCCUACUCACUUAUCUAGGUUCAUACUGCUCAAGUGAUUUGUCUAUUGAUGUCUGCUCUUUCUUUGUUUCUAGCCUUGUCUGUCUUUUUUCUUUAAAACAAUUUUGAUGCGAGUUAGGGUUAUUUAAAACGGUUGUGGUAGAACUCUUGUGCUUCGCUGGAACAAGUUUUUGAUUUGUUCAUGAUAUGAUGUGUUGUUUGAUUUGAGGAA